UCGCAGUGGAGUUAAAAAAACGUGUAAAGGUUGCGGUGCCUCGGAUUAAUGAAGGUCGACCAUACAACUAGGACAGACGAUGUAUUUCACUGUGUCAACUAAGUUGAAACUGGUCAACCAGGGGUUGACAGCAUUGUACAACCGUCCUCGUACUUUUUGUGGUAUAGCCAGGCCAUACAUCAACAGGACAAUGUCCUGCCAUGAACUGACCAGGGCCCCGUCCAGUCCCACUGUCCACUGUAAGAGAUGGCAGUCCAGUGACAAAGACACCUCAGGGUCUAAACCCCCUUGGCAAAUGGGCGAAUCAGUUACCGAGGGAUUUGGUAUAAAAGAGUUUUUCACACAAGAAGGGAGUAAAGGACGUGAAUUUCUGACAAAUGCUGGAAAGUUUGUAGGAGCAGUGUUUGCAUGUUUUGGUGUAUGGUAUGGUUAUCAGGUAUACAGAUGGAAGAGUGGGAAAUCUGUGUCAUCUCUUCUAAUACUGCCAGAAGAUAAAACAGAAUAUAAAAGAACACCUCUGCCUGUUACACCUUCGGCAAGCAUCCCCAAGAAAGUUCAACACUUGCUGAUUGGGGGAGGUUUAGCCUCCAUGUCUGCAGCUAAUACCAUCACCAAAAAUGACCCCAAAGCUGAGGUACUGAUGAUUUGUGAUGAGACAAUUCAACCAUACAGGCGCCCCCCUCUCUCCAAAGACAUGUGGUACUACACAGAACAAGACAAUGCAAAGGAACUGCUAUGGCAAAACAACAAGGGGAAAAUGAAUCAUCUUGAAUUUCUCCCCAUGGAGGCCUUCAAGGACAUCACAUCCGAUGAACCUGGAGUGAAAGUAGCCAUUGGACAAAAGGUAACCAGUAUAGACGUAGAGAACCAGAAAGUGUCUCUGCAGGAUGGGACAGAAAUUGAUUAUGACAAAUGCCUUAUUGCCACAGGAGGUACACCAAAGAUGCCAGCAUAUUUUGAGGGAGCAGAAGAAGAGGUUAAAAGUAAAACCUCCGUGUUUAGAACUGUUGAUGAUUUUUUCCAUCUAGACCAUAUUUCAAGGACAGCAAAAUCAGUUGCAGUAAUAGGCGGUGGCUUUCUGGGAACUGAAUUGGCUUGUGGCCUUGGGAAUAGGGGGAAAAGUAGUGGCUGCAAGGUGGUGCAAUUGCUAAUGGAAGAAGGUCACUUUGGAGGACUCCUUCCUGAAGAAAUGAGUAAACACUGUAUUGACCUUGUGACCAGUGAGGGUGUUGAAGUGCGGCCGUCGAGCACUGUUACUGGUGUACAGUACGACAAGAAAGAGAACAAGGUUGUGCUACAACUGGGCAAUGAUGAAAAGGUGUUAGUGGAUCACGUGGUGGUAGCAGUAGGUAUCCAGCCUAAUGUGGAGCUGGCAGAGAGUGCAGAACUAGAGGUGGACCCCAUACGGGGAGGCUUCAUGGUCAACACUGAGAUGGAAGCUAGGUCAAACUUGUAUGUGGCAGGAGAUGCUGCAUGUUACUAUGAUCCCAAGCUGGGACGCAGGAGAGUGGAACACGUAGUGCAGGCUGUUAUCUCAGGAAACAUAGCAGGAAACAAUAUGACGGGGAAGAAAGAUUCUUACAAAAAACAGGCAUAUUGGUGGACUGAUCUUGGUCCAAAGUUUGGUUGUCAGGGUAUAGGAUUGGUCAACUCAAAGUUGAAUACUUUUACGUUUCCAUUUCCAAAUGAUGAUCAGAGUGAGCCACCUGCAGGGAAUUACUUGAAUGGUGGAAAAGGAGUGGUGCUUUAUAUGAAAGGCAAGAGAAUCGUUGGGGUUUUAUCAUGGAACAUGUCAUCUGAAAGUCAUAUGGCUGAAGCAGAGAAAGUGAUCAGGGAGCGCAAAGAGUAUGAUGAGACAAGUUUGGCAGAAGUAGCAGUCAGGUUCAGAACUCUAGAGGACACUUGGAAUUUAAAAUCAAAGAACUCAGAGGAAACCACAAAAGAUACAAAGAAUGAACAGAAAUCUCAAGAAAAGAAAUAGAAUAGAUCUCGUCCAGUCCUUUUUCAAGAUAAAAUUUGACCUUCAUUAAGGUUCACGAACUUUUAAGAUCCUAUUGGAAUUGGAAGAUUUAUCAUUCAGAUCUCUUGAAUUAUUGGAUUUUUUUUACUAAUGGCGUGUACUAUCACCAGAGGAAUACUUUUACAUAUUACAUUUUCAGUCGAAUUAUUUUUUCCCAUUAUUAAACAUUUGUUGAAUUGUUGAAUUGUUAACUUCAUCCAACACAGAUCAUGCCAAGUUGAAAUAGCAUUUUUUAAAGACUUUUAAUUGUAACUUCAGAGUAAAUGGAAAGGAUUGAAGAAUGGUAGAAAGACAGGUUUAUUUACAUCUUAUCUAAAUCAUAUCAGAGCAGAAUGUAACUUGCUGCUUUAAGUUUAGCAAGGGGUCAAAGUGUACUAGUAGGCUUGGUAAUGGCUUUAGAGAAUUAUACCGUUUUCAAAAGUGUUGCAAUUACAGCAUAAAGCAUGCUAAUCUGUAGAUUGAAUUAUAACUCGUCGCGAAGUUAUUAAGAGCAUUAACUAUGGAGUGUAUCAAUUUAUUUUCUCAUUGGAAAAUUAUACAUUUUUAAAAUAUUUGUUAA